ACAUCGCAAGGUUUCGACGACGUUGGUAUGAAAUGGCAGAAACUGCUUGUGUCACGGAAGCACAAAGAUUAGACUACGUAGAAGCUACAGAUGUAUUUUGUGAUGACCCUGGCCUGCUAGUGUGAGGGAAACGAGAGUGUAGCUGCUGGAAAAGAAAGGAUUAAAGAGCUGUUUUCUCUCUAAAAAAACCCCCCCCACACCGUCCGGGUUGAGUCUCCGGGAGGCAGAAACAGCGACUGCGGGUCGACACUGUUGGAUUAACCGGAGAGGGGUCUUGAGAGGAGAGCUCAUCUUGGAUGCCACAGCGCAGGUCCAAGGCUUCACCAUGAACCGGAACAAGCGUGAAAAGGAGUACUACAGUAUAGAUGUAGGAGAUUCAACUUUUAUGGUUUUAAAGCGCUACCAGAACCUCAGACCCAUCGGAUCAGGAGCACAGGGAAUAGUCUGCUCAGCGUAUGAUCACAACUUUGAAAGGAAUGUUGCCAUCAAGAAACUGAGCCGACCAUUUCAGAAUCAAACUCACGCGAAGCGGGCCUACAGAGAACUGGUGCUCAUGAAAUGUGUCAACCACAAGAACGUAAGAGGGCUAUUAAAUGUAUUCACACCACAGAAGACACUGGAAGAAUUCCAAGACGUGUAUCUGGUGAUGGAGCUGAUGGAUGCUAACCUCUGCCAGGUGAUCCAGAUGGAGCUGGACCACGAGAGGCUGUCCUACCUGCUCUACCAGAUGCUGUGUGGAAUCAAACACCUGCACGCUGCUGGCAUCAUACACAGGGAUCUGAAGCCCAGCAACAUAGUGGUGAAAUCAGACUGCACACUGAAGAUCCUGGACUUUGGCCUGGCCAGGACAGCCGCCACUGGCCUCCUCAUGACACCCUAUGUGGUCACCCGCUACUACCGCGCCCCUGAAGUCAUCCUGGGCAUGGGCUACCAGGCCAAUGUUGAUGUCUGGUCUGUUGGCUGCAUCAUGGCUGAAAUGGUCCGGGGUAGUGUGUUGUUUCCAGGCACUGAUCAUAUCGACCAGUGGAAUAAGGUGAUCGAGCAGCUCGGGACUCCGUCUCAGGAGUUCCUGAUGAAGCUCAACCAGUCUGUGAGGACCUACGUGGAGAACAGGCCCCGGUAUGCCGGCUACAGCUUUGAGAAGCUCUUCCCUGAUGUUCUGUUUCCUGCAGACUCUGAACACAACAAACUGAAAGCGAGCCAAGCUCGAGACCUUCUUUCAAAGAUGCUGGUAAUAGACGCAUCAAAGCGGAUCUCAGUGGAUGAGGCUCUCCAGCAUCCCUAUAUCAACGUGUGGUAUGACCCCACUGAAGUGGAGGCACCGCCACCAGUAAUCACAGACAAGCAGCUCGAUGAGAGAGAGCACACAGUGGAGGAGUGGAAAGAGUUGAUAUACAAAGAAGUGUUUGACUGGGAAGAGAGGACAAAGAAUGGUGUCAUCAGGGGACAGCCAGCGUCCAUAGGUGCAGCAGUGAGCAGCGGCCCCGAGCAGCACCACCAGCACCACACCUCCACCUCCGCCUCCUCCUCCAUGACCACCGGCCCCACCCUGACUGACACUGACAGCAGCCUGAAGACGGCCAGCACCACCCCUGUUGCUGCCGCUGCUGCUGCUGCUACAGCCGCCGCCCCCUUGGGCUGCUGCAGAUGACUAUCAUCUACACCUCCACCUGGUUCUAGGCGGAGCCUCCUGGUCAAAUCCCAGACCAAAAGCUCAACACUGGCUCCUGGCCCCGCCCCUUGCAUUCGCCUCUUCCCAUCCCCCCAUCCUCUCUGUGCUUGUCUUCAGUAGUGUAGCGAUUAGCCAGCUAGCUGUUUGAGAAAUAUUUCUUAGAGGGACAGAUACUUUUUUCUUUUCUUUUUUUAUUACUGUUAUAGUCUUUUUUUAAAUAAGGAUUUUUCUCUUCCUUUGAGUCCUAGCUGUAAUUUAUUGUGGCAUUUUCUUAAUUUUUUCAGAAACCUAAGACGAUGAUAAGAGAAUUUUUAUGAUUUCACGUUGUUCUGGUUUGUAUUAACCGACAGUGAGACUUUCAAGAACUAUCUGUAAGAUGUUUUAAUGUGAUCUAUAUUUUUCUGUUGGAAGUCAUUUGGUUCACUUGUAAGCUCAUGCUUUUACAACUUGCCAUAUCAAUGUAGAUUCAGUUUGUACAGAUUUGAUGGUAGAUGUAGUUUUUCUUUGAUACGAGUUUGCAGUGAGCCAUUGAAACAUAAUUGGAUUGACAAACGUACGGUCUUAGUAACCCCCUCAUUUUUAUUUUAUUUCAUGAAAUAUGCUGAUUGUUUUCAAUGCAUAUGACAUAUUUUUUUUUUUUUAAGUUCAUUCUUGCUCGUAAUGUUUUUCUUUUUCUUUGAGUCACUACUACUUCCUACAUUUUAAAUUUGAAUUGAAAGUAAGCUUUAUCAUUUGCUUAAUCUAAACCUUCUAGUCAGACAUGAUGUUUUUUUUUCACUCCUCAUGGGAUUCAGUGACCUUCUACAUUUAGCUAAGGGAACGAUAAUGGCACCGCUAGGUCCCGCGAGAUAACUAGGAGCGUUUUCGAUUGCUGUUUUCUGUGUUUUUAAGUGCUUUUAAAGUACCUCCUCCUCUUAUGUGCAACAGGCUGUGACUUUGGGGAACUGGAGUGGUGGUAUUGCUUUGGAGGACUGGAUUAAAGAGGCUCUUUCAUGUUCCCCUAAAGCUUCCUUUAACAGUGAGGUAUUGCUUCAGAUAAACUGUUUGUGAUCCCACAAUGGGGGGGGGGAAUUAUGGUGAAGGACUUGGGAAUGUUUUUUUUUUGUCGUGCUUUGGGAGGGUUUCGGAGAUGUAGACGAGCUGGGAGAGGUUGUAAAGUCGGUGGCGGUGUAAGUAGAGUGUGCUUUUUUUAGUAAAGUAGGGAUUGUGGUAUUCAGAAAGCUUGUGAACGUGAUGAUAUUCAGUGUCUUGGGUGGAUAGUGAUUCUGCAGCCUGAUGGGACGGAGCGAAAAGAUGUCGACUUCCUACAACCAGAUCCUGUCCUCAUUUUGUGAAUUUGGACAUUUAAAGUGAAUUUUUUUUCUACAAGUCAGCCAAACUCUUGGUGCACCAGAUUUGCCUCCAAUUGUGAAUGGAACUCAAAAAAACCUAAAAGCUUGCAUGUGAAACAGCAGCAGCACAAACCACCAGUAAAAAAAAAAAAGAAACAAAGAAUUCUUACUGUAUGCAGUAAGAGUGCCCUUUUUUUGGAGUCUUUUUGAUUUAGCAUUGAAAGGAAAAGUGCCUGUUUGUCAUUCAUUCCUGUAUAUGUGAGCGUUCAGUGGUUUGGUUAGGUUGUCAUAGCGUCUGGAUAACAACAGUAGCUUCCAUAUCAAGCUAAUCGUGUAUGAUGGGGGUUGUGGUUGUCACAAAUGUGUCGUAUAUUUUUCUACUUGUUUUGAGUUGGACCCCCUGAGCGGGAGACGUUUUUUUGUCUUGCAGGGUAAGAAGGUGAUGGCGUAUACGUCGAGAUGCUUAAGCGUGUGUUUGAGUCAUUUCAGAAGAACAGGCAGUGUAAUAAGGUGUUUCAUCAAAGUACAAAGAAGCGUUUCUUUGCAGUGACGGCAAACGAGUAUACCUUUUUUUUUUUUUGGGAAUUUCUUUGAGUGCUAAUUUAAUACGAGGAUUGCAGAGAGAAGAAUGGACAUGACGGAUGUGUUUGACACAUUUUAACUACUGGAUCAAAGUAAACAAGUGAACUCUGAGAUUGUGUCAUCAGUAUAUGUUACCGCUCCACUAGUUCAGGCGAUUGCGCUAGGGAUCGCGCUGGAGCGUUCAACUCGCCGCUCAAUGGGCGUAUACCCAAUGAAAAGUGGGUUUAGUUUGAUUUUCUCCUGGACCUCUCCAACCACUCUUGAAAGUCAAGUUAAAUAGGAGACAUAGCCUCAAUGAAUGCACCUGAUUGGAUAAAGACGCAGCCAGUCCAGGCGGUCCCUGGGCUCGUUUGCGUAGAAUAGAGCUCUGGUAUAUUCUUGUCCGGCGAACGUGCAAAGAUCCCAGAAUGCACCGCGUGACUGCCUCUCUGGUUCUUCAUAGGAAAAGAAUAGAAAGAGUUAAGAUGCUAGCCGUCGUCUGAACCAGUGGAGCUGUACGGUUAGACUGUCAGAAGGCAGAGUGAGGCUUUUAUGAUGAGCACAUUAGACAGGCAGAGCCAAAAUCCCCAGAGAUUCUGAUCAGAUCUAUCCUCUAACCGUCAUUACCCAAGUUGUAACUCACCAUGUUAGCCUCCAACUGUAAAGGCAAGUUAUGCAGAAUCUUUAUUUUUUUUUUAUUUUUAUUUUUUUAAACUUUUAUAGAUCAUGAAUAUCAUGAUCAUAAACAAAAGUAGUGCAUGUAUUUUUUGAUUUUCAUGGAUGCUCAACCUCUCGAGGUUUCACUCAGCCAGUUUGUCUGCUUGGACGAUUUGUAAAAAACCCAAACUAAGGAUUUUUUUGUUUGUUUUGCUGUCAUGGAUCACGAGCAGGUGUUCAGGAUGUUUAAGGAAGAUGCAUACACAUGACUUUGCAUAACUUUGUUUAACCUGUAACGGUGUUGUCUGUCAGGAAUCUGUCUCAGUUAUGCAGAAACAAAAUAAUUGUAGGCGAUUUAAAGAAGACAGACUUGACAAACUUAUUGUCUGCAAACAACUAAAGGUUAGCGCUGAUAGAAUCUUAUUGAAAAGCAGGAUUUCUUAUAUACUGACAAUACUGUGGCUUCUUCUCCACAUCAACAUCUGGACUUGCACCAGCUGUUUGUGAAUCUACGACUAAGUUAGUUUGUGUGUCCCCUUUCUAAGUGCUAGUUUCAGCUAGUGACAACUUAGAUUAGGUUUCACCAUUAAAACUAAAGAAGUGUUAGCUUACGUAUUGUUCAUGAACAAUUUACAAAUGUAAUUCCUCUGGAACCUCUGAAUAAUUUUUUGAUUUUCCAAAAGGUGCAGAAUGAAAUGCCUCGGUGUUACAACAUGAACACAGAGCAUUGAUAUGUGUCUUAACAGUUUGCUAUAGUGAAGGAAGCUAGUUCCAUCUGCCAACUCAUAAUGCUGAUCUAUCACAAUAUACAAAACAUUUAGCCUGAUAGAAAUCAGUAGCUAGCACUGACCAUUUGUAUGUCACCUAAGCUACCCUCAUUAGAAGGUAAUAUAUAUGUGAGCUCAAAUGAGCCAUGUCACUGAGCACAGAACCAGGCCUGGUUCUACGAGGGUGCAAAACGUUGCAGUGCACCCUCAUUUUAAAUUCCUGCAUCCUCAAUUGAUUGGAUGCAAAAAAAAAAAAUACACCAAUCUUUUUUUUAGAUGCUGGCCUGGACCGAACAACUUGAAUAAUAAAAGCUAAUUUUAGCUUUGUGUGUUUAUAUUAACAGUUAAUGUUUAAUGCAGGAUAUGAACCUGGAAAUGCUAGCUUUAAACUUAGCAGUAACAGGGUGUACAUAUUAGAAAAAACUUUAUAAUAAGUAGUUAAUUUGUUUAGUGAAAUGUAAAUCUCCACCUUAUAAACUCUUUGAGUUCUAACUAUGUUUGAACUUCACUUAGUGUACGGUAACAAACAGCUGGUGCAACUUGCUUCCAUUCUCCUCUCAGCAGAAUCUAAAGGGAACGUUUGAGUUAUGAUGUAAGCGGAGUUUUCAGCUGCUGACAGGUUCACACAGAACAAAGCCAAAUUCUCUUUGGAGUCAGUUAUUGAAGAUUUAAAGAGCAAACGAGAAUGGCUAGUCCUUUCUUUCAUAUGAAGAAGUAUUAGGAUCAAUGAUAAGUGAGGAGUUAAUAAUGACUCAGUGUCACAUCUAUGAGGGAGACAGUGAUUCAUAUGUACCCAUGUGUCAUAUUAGCCCAUUUCUCAUAUUAAUAAAUUCAUCACAUUAGCUCAAAUAAUGAGGACACGCCUCUUUUUGUCUAAAGUGCUCUUAAUUUUCUCGGCCUGUAUCGUGGGGCUUUAAUCAGAGUAUUUUUGUCUUCUUCUUGUGCUUAGGUUGUUGUUGCUUUUUUGAAGAAAAAAAACCCCUAUAAUUACUGCAUCUCUCCAAACGACGUCAUUCUGAUUUGAGUUGGCUUUGAUGAACUACCUCAUGCUGAAUUUCUGCCAGUUCUCGCAUAUACUUAGUCGCCUGCAGAAUUAGCUAUCGAAGACGUGUGAAUAACAGAUUCCAUUAUUUAUUUAUUUGAAAGUGUACUAUUUGUUGGUUUCAACAGACUUCUAGUUUUGUACAUUAUGUAUACUUCACCUAGAAGUAAGAGAAUUGUUAUAUGUAUUUUUUUUUCUUUCUUUUGUUUUGAAACUAAAUGUGCAAUACCUUCAGCAAACUGUGCUAGUAGUCUGUGAUGAGCCUUUGUUAGCUGUCUCCUGAAGGUAAAGAAAAUGUUUGGUACUGUCAAUCCAUGUUUUCCUUUUUUUUUUUUUAAAUGAAUAAGAUCAAUUUUUAUUUCUGUGACUUAUUUAUAGUCAUGAUGUUACGUAAUCAGUCUUACCCACCGAACAAACCUGUUGGCCAAGGCUUGAUACGGAGACAGGAAGUCCAGCAAGUUUCAACCCCAGCUAACAGACUUUGAUUUACGGAUGUGGUAAGGACAAUAAUGUUAAUAGACACACACACACACACACACACACACACACACACACACACACACACACACACACACACACACACACAACACACACACACACACACACACACACACACACACACAAAAAGAUGAGUAAAAUACCUACAAGAAAUCAUUAUAUGUAUGGUGCUGGUUUGUUAUGUUUGCUAGUGAAUCCAGCCAUGCAAGUAGUUUUAAGAAUUCCCUGGAUCUGCGCGUCCUAAAAACCGCAACCAACGAAGAAGUGCACUACUAGAAUACAUGCACUGGGAUCUGAUGAUGCCACCUCUUUAAAAAAAAAAAA